UCGUUUACAAGAUGAAUGCCACACGUUUAGUACGUCUUUAAUUAAAACGUAAAUGUAUGCAUUUCACCAAAAGUGAUGUCAGAGCCGGCAGCCAAAAUUGACAUUAAUGGAAAACAUGACUGUAUGUCUUGUAGAAUUAUAAGUGGCUGUGUCCUAGUUGGAGCAGGUUUCUUCGUUUUACGCGAAUCGAAAAAAUCGAAAAAUAUAUCUGGAAAAGCAGUUAUGAGUUCUCUUGCAACAGCUCUAGUAGUUCUUGGAACAGCUAGUGUAUUUAAUCUUUCACCUUUUCAAAAUCAGAGAUAAGAGUCUAAUUUACGAGGAAAUAAUGUUAGACAAUAAUUGUAAUACAUCUGCCCAUAAACUACAUUGGGGUUGCAUAAGAUACAAGAAAUUGUAAUAAACAUGCAUGUUAACGUCGACUUUCAUAGUACGCACAAUUAAUCAUAAUGUUACAGUUUAAUUAAUGGAAAAAUGAGAUAAUUACAUAAUUAUUGAAAUAUAUUUUUUUGAACAUU